CUCGGGUUCAAUCCAGUGCGGGCCUGCUCUUGAUAAGGUACGGACGUAGCCAUGGCUGCGUUGGUGUGUGUAAAACGCGUUUUGAGUACAUGUGCUGGAAAAACUGGUUUACGAUGCAUGUCGCAUUAUCCUAUUGAUGAACAUGUGUUUGGAUUGUCUAGUGAGCAACAGCAGUUGCGCCAAGCGGUCUUCGAUUUCGCAAAAAAGGAAUUAGCACCAAAGGCAGCUGAAAUCGACAAGAAUAACUCAUUCUCGGAACUAAGGGAAUUUUGGAAGAAACUAGGCAAUUUAGGAGUUUUAGGAAUAACGGCCAGUCCCGAUUAUGGCGGCACCGGCGGGAAAUACUCAGACCACUGUGUUAUUAUGGAAGAGCUUUCCAGAGCUGCAGGUGGCAUCGCGCUGUCGUAUGGAGCCCAUUCCAACCUGUGCGUCAACCAAAUCAACAGAAAUGGUACACAUGAGCAGAAAAGCAAAUAUUUGCCCAAACUAUGCUCAGGAGAACACAUAGGCGCGCUAGCGAUGUCGGAGCCCGGAGCCGGCAGCGACGUCGUUUCCAUGAAGCUACGAGCCGACAAAAAGGGCGACUACUACGUGCUCAAUGGAAACAAGUUCUGGAUCACGAAUGGACCGGACGCUGAUGUUUUAGUGGUAUAUGCUAAAACCGACACAACUACGGCCAAGCCACAGCACGGCAUAACUGCAUUUUUAAUAGAAAAGGGUCUCCCUGGGUUCACCACUGCCCAAAAACUGGACAAAUUAGGAAUGCGUGGCUCUAACACAUGUGAACUGGUGUUCGAAGACUGUAAGGUCCCAGCUUCGAACAUCCUAGGCGAGCUGAACAAAGGCGUAUACGUACUCAUGUCCGGAUUAGACCUGGAGCGCUUAGUGCUAGCCGCUGGGCCUGUGGGUCUCAUGCAAGCCGCCGUUGACGCGGCAUUCGAAUAUGCACACACUAGGAAACAAUUUGGGAGGAAUAUUGGCGAGUUUCAAUUGAUGCAGGGCAAAAUGGCCGACAUGUACACGACACUAAGCGCGUGCCGCAGUUAUUUAUACAGCGUGGCCCGAGCCUGCGACGAAGGUCACGUGAACAGCAAAGAUUGUGCCGGGGUCAUCCUUUACUGCGCGGAGAAGGCUACGCAAGUUGCACUAGACGCCAUCCAGAUACUAGGUGGCAAUGGGUACAUUAACGACUACCCUACUGGAAGAAUUCUAAGGGAUGCCAAGCUUUACGAAAUUGGUGCUGGGACAUCGGAAGUCAGAAGAAUGUUGAUUGGACGUGCCUUGAACAAUGAAUAUAAAUGAACUGUGUUGAUAAUAAUAAAUUUUAUAUUAAAUGUUGAGUUUUAAC